GUUGAUCCCUCAUCUCAACGUGAACGUCUAAAAGAGCGAGAAAUGCCCACCCAAAGGGUCUGCCGAUGCUGGGGAUGGGAUGAGGCUGUAUGAAUGCGUGUAUGUUUUCAGUACAGCGGUGGGUUCCUUUUCACCAGGCUUCGGUGGGAAUGGGGACAGCCAACCACACGGUUGCUGCUGAGAGGCUGAGGGCCUGUGUAAGUGGAGGAGGAUGCCUUCCCCUGGGAGCCUGUAUCUACUCAAGCAGUGGCCCUUGGGAAGGGUUGGGCCAGGACCCAGACCCAGACCCAGACCCAGACCCGAUUUAGAAAGCUCCAGACCACACGCAAUUUUCUGUAGCUUCAGUGGGAAGAAAAGGAACACCUUAUGGGCCUACUACUGAGUUAGGAAACUUGGCUUCUGGUUCUGCUCCCUUUAUAGCUUUGUCUCAGUGAGUGAUUUUUGCUUUCUCUGAGACUCAAUUUCCAUGACUAUAAAGUGGGUAGAGCAGGUGGCAGGCAGACUCAGUGGUGUCUCAGCCUUCCGUUCAGCUAUACAAGUAUGUCUUCCCACUCAAGACCCUUUUCUUACCUACCGGGCAAUGGUGAGCUGGCUUCAAGUUCAGCCAGGCCCAGUCGCCAAAUGCUCUCAGCUGGCUAGGUCAGUUUGAGCUGGCCAGGCCCUGAGCUGUCACAGCUUAGGUUCUUCUUGGGCAUGGGCUUUUCUGCAGUUUGCUCUCUGGCCCCUCCCCAAGCCUGUGUCUGUCCCAAGUGUCCAGCCACUCUCUGACCCAUUCAGCCACAAGUUAAUGAUUGACCUGCUCUCCCUGGGUCGCACCAGCCCAUGGUGCUGCUGGGAUCCCUUGUCCCUGUGGGAAGGAGCUGAGGGCCUAGCCAGCUCCAGUCACCUUUAUGCUCUCUCCCACAACCCCUCUAGAGGUAGGUAUGCAGGCAGAGCUCAGAGGAGAAGGACCUUUAGAGGGCACUAAGUCCAACUUUCCUUCUGAAGCUUAGGGUUUCCUGACAGGUACUUGUACAGUUCUUGCUCACUCAUCUUCAAUACCUGGGAGUGUGAUAUAUUUCAAGCAAGUUGCUUUUGUCUUUGGAAUGUCUGAAAGAUUUUUCUCAUGUUGAACUUAACUGUGCCUCCUUGAGGCUUCUAACCCUGGGUCCCGGCUGUGUCCCCUGAGACCUCCUGGACCCUGUCUGCUCUCUCUGACCUUCAGGGGUCUGAGGAUGGAACCCAAGUGCACCUGUGUCUUCUCCAGGCCAAACAAUCUUAAAGCGUCUGUGCUCCUCCUCAAACCUGGGGCAGCUCCCUUCCUGGCCUCAUCGCUGUCCUCUGUCUUCCCUACAUGCUACUCUUUAUGGUCCCCUUAACAUGGUCCCCUGGGGGCAGGAAAUGGGGCACUGGAAACCCCUCACUCCCCUUAGUUUAUUUAUAGUCUGAACUUGUCCAGACAACUUCUCUGUAAUCCUUUUUGGUUACCCUGACAGGUAGAGUCCUAACUCCGGAAUCUUGGGUGCAAAUACCUUACACAGUGCUCUCUGAUUUGUUUCUCGUUCAGGUCUAGCCAGCUCUCAUGAUUGGAGAGCCCUUGGAAGUUACGGCCUUCUUAUUGCUGCCCCCUUAGUGGAGGACAAGCCUGGUGUGAAAGCUGAGGCCAGAAGAGCAUGUGAGUGGCUUCGAGCAACAGGAUUUCCUCAGUAUGUGCAGCUUUUUGAAGAAGGUUCGUUUCCCCUGGAUAUUGGCUCUGUGAAGAAAAACCACGUUUUUCUGGACGAGGACUCUUUGGGGGCCCUGUGUAGGAGGCUAAUGACAUUGAACAGUUGUGCCUCGAUGAAAUUGGAGGUUCAUUUUCAAAGCAAGCAGAAUGAAGACUCGGAAGAGGAAGAGCAGUGUACUAUCAGUAGCCACUGGGCCUUCCAACAGGAAAGUAAGCGCUGGUCUCCUGUGGGGUCCUCUGAUCUCUUGGCCCCACCAAGCCCUGGGCUGCCAGUGACCUCAAGCUGUGAGAGCGUCCUCACCGAGCUUAGCGUCACCUCUCUGCCAGUCAUCACCUUGAGUCUACUGCCCGAGCCAGCAGACUUGCCCUUGCCAGGUCGUGCCCCCACCCCAAGUGAUCGGUCCCUCCUCAGCCUCACCCAGGGCCAGGAGGGUCCCCAGGACAAAGCCAAGAAGCGCCAUCGUAACCGUAGCUUCCUCAAGCACCUUGAGUCUCUGAGGCGGAAGGAAAAGAGUGGCAGCCGGCAAGCAGAGCCCGAGCGUAGUCCAGCCACCUCAGAGAAGGCCUCCAAAGCCUCAUCUUUCCACAGUUGCCGUAGCUUCCUCUCUGCCGGAUUUUACAGGUCCAAGAACUGGGCUGCCACCUCAGCCGGUGGCGGUGGUGCCAACACUCGAAAGGCCUGGGGGGCCUGGCCUGUGGCCUCGUUCCGUCAUCCUCAGUGGACACACUGGGGUGAUUGCCUGGUGCAUGUGCCCGGGGACCACAAACCAGGAACAUUCCCUCGCUCCCUGUCCAUCGAGAGCCUGUGUCCUGAGGACGGACACCGCCUGGCAGACUGGCAGCCAGGUAGGCGCUGGGGCUGUGAGGGGCGCCGGGGCUCCUGUGGCUCAACGGGCAGCCAUGCCAGCACGUAUGACAACUUGCCUGAGCUGUACCCAGCUGAGCCUGUACUGGUUGGGGUCGAGGCUGAAGAUGAAGAUGAUGAGGAGAGUGGGGGCAGCUAUGCUCACCUAGAUGACAUCCUCCAGCACGUGUGGGGGCUACAGCAACGAGUAGAGCUGUGGUCUCGGGCCAUGUACCCAGACCUGGGGCCUGGAGAUGAGGAAGAGGAGCAGGCCACUUCAUCAAUAGAAAUAGCCACAGUUGAGGUCAGAGGCCAAGCUGAGGCUCUGGGCCAGAUGGAGGUUCCGGCCCACAGAGAGUCCCCAGCCUGGACGCAGGCUGAAGUCCAACCAGCAGUCCUGGCUCCGGCUCAGGCUCCGGCAGAAGCUGAGCCAUUGGCACAGGAGGAGGCUGAGGCCCCGGCCCCGGCUCGGGACAGUGAGCAGGAGGCACAUUCAGGCAGGGAACCCACCUCUGCCUCUAGCCUGUCUGUGGAAGAAGGACCCUCCAUUUCUGACACUGUGGCCUCCUCCAGGGAACUUGACAGUAGUGGGAACUCCAUGAAUGAGGCAGAGGCUGCAGGGCCCCUGGCUGGACUCCAGGCAUCAAUGCCACGUGAACGGAGGGAUUCAGGUGUUGGGGCCUCACUUACCAGACCCUGCAGGGAGGAAAAUGGGGACCAGAAGAACACACAACCUUUUCUAAGGUUUAGCCAAACCUGCUCCUCUGGGCGUCUCCACCCAUCUCAUCCCUGCCUCCCGCCCCCCACCAGGAAGCUCCGUUGGCAUAGCUUCCAGAACUCCCAUCGGCCCAGCCUCAACUCGGAGUCGCUGGAGAUCAACCGGCAGUUUGCAGGCCAGAUCAACCUCCUGCACAAGGGCUCGCUGCUGCGGCUCACUGCCUUCAUGGAGAAGUACACAGUGCCCCACAAGCAGGGCUGGGUCUGGUCAAUGCCCAAGUUCAUGAGGAGGAACAAGACCCCAGACUACCGGGGACAGCACGUGUUUGGGGUGCCACCCCUCAUCCACCUGCAGCGCACGGGCCAGCCACUGCCACAGAGCAUUCAGCAAGCCAUGCGUUAUUUGCGCAGCCAGUGCCUGGACCAAGUGGGCAUCUUCCGCAAGUCCGGAGUCAAGUCCAGGAUCCAGAAUCUGCGCCAAAUGAAUGAGACCUCGCCUGACAAUGUCUGCUAUGAGGGCCAGUCGGCCUACGACGUGGCUGACCUGCUGAAGCAGUAUUUCCGGGACCUGCCUGAGCCCAUCUUCACCAGCAAGCUCACCACCACUUUCCUGCAUAUCUACCAGUUGCUCCCCAGGGAUCAGUGGUUGGCAGCAGCACAAGCUGCCACCUUGCUGCUCCCCGAUGAGAACCGAGAGGUGCUGCAGACCCUGCUCUACUUCUUAAGUGACAUUGCCUCUGCCAAAGAAAACCAAAUGACAGCAGGCAACCUGGCAGUGUGCCUGGCACCCUCCAUCUUCCACCUCAAUGUCUCUAAGAAGGAUAGCCCCUCUCCCAGGAUCAAGAGCAAACGCAGCCUCAUUGGCAGGCCUGGCCCUAGGGACCUGAGUGAGAACAUGGCAGCCACCCAGGGCCUGUCACACAUGAUCAGUGACUGCAAGAAACUUUUCCAGGUGCCCCAGGAUAUGGUGCUGCAGCUAUGCAGUUCCUACAGCGCAGCUGAGCUCAGCCCUCCCGGACCAGCCCUGGCUGAGCUGCGUCGGGCCCAAGCUGCGGGGGUGAGCCUGAGCCUCUACAUGGAGGAGAGCGUCCAGGACCUGCUGCGUGAUGCUGCUGAGCGCUUCAAGGGCUGGAUGAGCAUGCCGGGGCCCCAGCACACGGAGCUGGCUUGCAGGAAGGCACCAGACGGGCACCCACUGCAGCUAUGGAAGGUGUCCACAGAGGUGGCAGCGCCUCCAGCUGUGGUGCUGCAUCGUGUUCUCCGGGAGCGGGCCCUCUGGGAUGAGGACCUGCUGCGGGCCCAGGUGCUGGAAGCCCUGAUGCCGGGUGUGGAGCUGUACCACUAUGUCACCGACAGCAUGGCACCCCAUCCCUGCCGUGACUUCGUGGUGCUUCGGAUGUGGCGCUCUGACCUGCCGCGUGGGGGUUGCUUGCUUGUCUCCCAGUCCCUGGAUCCUGAGCAACCAGUGCCAGAGUCGGGUGUGCGGGCCCUCAUGCUCACGUCCCAGUACCUCAUGGAGCCUUGUGGUCUGGGCCGCUCUCGGCUCACACACAUCUGCCGUGCGGACCUCAGGGGCCGUUCUCCUGACUGGUACAACAAAGUAUUUGGGCACCUGUGUGCCAUGGAAGUGGCAAAGAUCCGGGACUCCUUCCCCACCUUGCAGGCCCCAGGCCCUGAGACAAAACUGUAAGCCUUGGGCUGGUCCCAGGGUGGCACCACCCAGGCACCCCAGGCACCAAGGGAGUGAGGGGGAACCAAGAACAGAGCAGCCCCCUGGGUGCUGCUGCCAGGAGCAGAGCCGGGCCGCGGUGGCUCCAGCUGCCUGUCCUGCCCUCUUUCUUAAAGCUCCUCUGCACAUAGAGGGGAGAAAAAGAGAAUUUAGGCAACUCCACUCCCCCUUCACCCCCAAGCCUGUAUUCUACUCUCCCAAAAACAGAAGAGAAUCGCAUGACUAGCAAGAAGACUGCUGCCACCUGCCACCUGCCUGUAAGGCCACCACUUGGCCUGAAGCCGCCACAGCUCCCCGCCUAUAGGGACAAAGAAGUCAACAGCAGUGUGUGAUUCCAGGUCUCUACCAGACUGAGAGGCCAAGACGUCUUGUUUGCUGCGAGGGUGAUUUUGAGAUGGGACAGGAGGUUCUGGUCCUGCCUUCAGGGCCAACCUUGGCCCUGAAGUGGCUUCUUUAGAGGAAUUGGACUGGAAUGAAUGGGCACAGGGGUGGAGUGCAGGGCAGCCCCAAUCACCACGAACUGUUUCAUUUGUGUAAAUACGAUGCCGAAUUUUAUGAGGCUGAGUUAAGUGUGGGCUCUGAUGGGCCACUAAUACACGACAUGACGAAUUGGCGUAGAUUGGGAUGUGAGGGUGGAGAACCUUCCUUUCUCAGAUCUCAAGAUGCCAAUGAAACCAGUUUUUCCUGACUUGGAUUUCAUACUUAAUCCGCCACCCCAUGGGGUCCUCUGUAGCCUUUGGCCACGCACAGCCACUGCCCAGGCCAAGCAAAAGCAGAGCAUGGUUAAGAGACAAGGGUCUGUGUCCUUGUCCCUUUUGCCUAUGGUAAUGGGCUAAUAUAACAGCCCCUUUCUCAAGCAGAUACCUGGCCCCUGAGCCAGCCAGAUGGAAGGGCCUAUCAUAGCCAGCUGGAGCUUAAGCCAAACCUGUUCUCUCCCACCGGCCAGCCAUCUUUGCUCACACGGAAAUUCAAAUUCCAUUCAAAGGCCACUGGUGCUUUAUUUUUCUAUCUGCUGAGUAAACUGAAAUGGGAUGGGUCCCAACCACCACUGUAAUUUUCAAGCCUAUUUUAUUUGUACCUAUAAAUACUGUACAGCUAAUAUAUAUAUGUGUGUGUAUAUAGAUACAUAUACACACAUAUAUAUACACACGCAUUUGCACAGACACACACAUAUAUCAAUUCUCAUGAGUUAUCAUCUCUGGAUGGGGGUAAUGGUCUGGAAGGCCUGAGGGGCACUUCAGAUGAGAAUGGAGCUGUAGGGAGCCAUUCAAUAAAGCAUUACCAGAGAUGCA